UAUGCCCCUCAGCAGGUCUCUGCCAUGGGCGACAGGGGAACAGACAACCACUCAGAGGUUACCGACUUCAUUCUUAUAGGAUUUCGGAUUCGCCCAGAGCUCCACACCCUCCUCUUCCUGCUUUUUCUGUUUCUCUAUAGCAUGGUCUUUCUGGGAAAUGGUGGUAUGAUCACUCUCAUCCUGACUGAUCCCCGGUUGAACACACCAAUGUAUUUCUUCCUAGGCAACCUGUCCUUCAUUGAUCUCUCCUGCUCCUCUGCUAUAGCGCUCAAGGCUAUGGCUAAUAUCUUAUCCAUGAGAAAUACCAUCUCCUUCACGGGUUGUGUGAUCCAGCUCUUCCUCUUUGCCCUCUUUAUGGUGACGGAGGGUUUCGUCUUGUCAGCUAUGGCUUAUGACCGCUUCAUAGCCAUCUGUUCUCCUCUGCUCUAUGCUCUCCGUAUGUCAAGACGCUUCUGCACCCAGCUCGUGCUGGGUUCUUAUCUUUGUGGCUGGGUCACCGCCAUUCUCCAAGUAAGCAUGACCUUCUCCAUGUCUUUCUGCGCCUCCCGGGUCAUCGAUGACUUCUACUGUGACUCCCACCCAAUGGAAAAAAUCUCAUGUUCUGAUGUUUUUUUCCAUAAGAUAAUAUCACUAACUUUGGCUGGAGUCAUUAUUUUUCCCACAAUCGUAGUCAUUUUGGUGUCCUACACUUACAUCGUGUCUACCGUUUUGAAAAUCCGCUCUACCGAAGGCCGAAAGAGAGCUUUCUCCACUUGUAGUUCUCACCUGGGGGUUGUGAGUUUGCUUUAUGGGACUGUCUUUUUCGUGUACGUCAUCCCUCCAGACAACCCUGAAUUACGCAAAAUAGCCUCUGUAUGUUACACUCUUGUUACCCCUAUGUUGAAUCCUCUGAUUUACUCUCUCAGAAAUAAGGAUGUCAAAGCAGCUCUGCAAAGAAUUCUGGGGAAGAAAAAAGCCUUAUUCUAA